AUGAAACUUUCUCUUCUCAAAUUGACAACAUUUAUGGAAAAACAUUCACCAUCUAGCAAAACUGGUUGGAGUUGGAGGGUUCCCAACUUUAUUCGACGAAUACGGAGUCCGGAUUACAAGGACAAAGCUGUAUUCGGAGUGCCUCUCUUACUUAACCUACAACGAACUGGACAGGCUCUUCCAACCUGUAUUCAGGCCUCUUUUUCUUAUUUACGGAAAACGUCUUUAGACUCAGUGGGAAUCUUUCGUAAGUCAGGAGUUCGAUCCCGCAUCCAGAAACUCCGAAACUUAAACGAGUCCAAUCCAUAUAAUAACACCUACGAAGACCAACAAGCCUACGAUGUUGCUGAUAUGCUAAAACAGUAUUUUCGUGACCUACCUGAGGCACUGCUCACUAAUAAAUGGUCGGAAACAUUUAUCAGUAUUUUUCUUUAUAUUCCUCAUAUGGACAGACUUGAUGCUCUUCAUGCAGCGAUAAUGCUGAUGCCUGAUGAAAAUCGAGAAGUCCUUCAAAGUCUAAUCGCUUUCUUGCAAGAAGUCUGUAAAAAUGCAGAUGAAAAUCAGAUGACGGCUACCAAC